GAAAUCGGGAGUUUUUCCGAAGCUGCAGCCAGUCGGGAGUCGGAGAAGGAAAGGAGCAAGACAACCCCCUUCCCAAACUCCCCACGGCGUCGGAUUGGAUCAUCUCCCUUUUGCGUGGUUUUUAAAAAACUUUAUUCUUCUUAUCACCAUCAUCCUUCGCUUCGGGAAACUUGGGGCAAAGAGAGUGCUUUUCGUCUCAAACCUGCGUGGAGUGUAUCGCACGGAUUUAGUGUUUUUCCUUCUCCCCAACCGUCGAUUUUGAAUUUCACUUUUGCGGGGCGACGAAGAGAACAACCUCUUGAUUUUUGGGAUUGCUUGGCAAACAGUCCCUCGGCUCUCUUGUGUUUUCCAGAGGAAGCUGUGGAAACUGGGAGAGGGAUUGGAUCCCCCGCUUCUCAUAUUUUGGAUGGAAUAAUACCGCUACCAACUGGAUAAUAUCCAAGAAGAACCCCCAUUUUUCCCUCUCGUGGACUCCAAACUCAGCCCUGGGAUUAAGCUCUAACAAUCCCAGGAAGAAAACAUUGAAGAGCGUUGGUUCACCAUCAUGAUGGGUCCUUCUCAAAGGACAUACCUGAUCCUGGGCUGCUUUUUGACAGGUCCAUGGUUAGCCUCCUGCCAGACUUUGUUUCCAACUAUUUUUCCAAACAAAGAUGAAAUGGAGGUGCAGCUGAAUUCCCCGUUCACCUUGAAAUGUUCUGGAGAUAGUGAAGUAAACUGGCAGCAUCCAAUACCUGAAGACAACGAUACUAUAGACAUCAGAAGUGAAGAAAACAACAGCGGCUUUUUUGUGACUGUGCUGGAAGUGAAAAAUGCUUCCGCUUCUCAUACUGGACUGUAUACUUGCUACUACAAUCAUUCCCAAGAAGAAGAAGGAGAGGUUGAGGGAAAGGAUAUCUAUAUCUUCGUGCCAGAUCCAGCUGUCCCCUUUGUCCCUACAUCUCCUGAAGAUUCAAUCAUUGUCAUUACUGAGGAAGACGAGACCUCCACCAUUCCUUGCCGCACAAGUGAUCCUCAUGCUCAAGUAACUUUAACAAACGGUGAAGGAAAGGUUGUGUACACCUUUUAUGACAACCGGCAAGGCUUCAUUGGAAACUUCUCUGCAGGCUCCUAUACAUGCAGGACCACUGUGAAGGCAGUGGAGUUCCUGUCUGGUGAAUUUAUUGUCUACGUUUACAAAGCCACUUCCCAUCUUCAAGUUGAGGUUGAAUCCCUUAAGACUGUGUAUAAAACAGGAGAAACUAUUGUUGUAACUUGUGUGGUCUUGGAUAAUGAAGUUGUGAACUUGGAGUGGAAAUAUCCAGGGAAAGUGAAGAACAAAGGUAUCAUCUCACUUGAAGACAUCAAAGUGCCAGUCCAGAAACUGAUUUACAACGUGACCAUUCCUGAUGCUUCAGUAAGCGACAGUGGAGAUUACGAGUGUGAAGCUCAUCAUGUGACCAAAGACUUAAAGAAAACAAAAAGAACCGUCAUUACAGUUCAUGAUAAAGGGUUCAUUCAUCUGGAGCCCCAUUUUAAUCCCAUGGAAGCAGUCAAUCUGCAUGAAGUUAAAAAAUUUAUAGUUGGUGUGCAUGCAUAUCCAGAGCCCAGAAUCUUUUGGCUAAAGGACAAUGUCACUCUGAUGGAGAAUCUCACCGAGAUUGUCACUAGUUCCAAGCAGAUCCAGGAGACGAGGUACCAAAGUGUGCUAAAAUUAAUUCGUGCCAAGGAAGAAGACAGUGGGUACUACACUCUUGUAGCACAGAAUGAAGAUGAAAUUCAAAGAUAUACUUUCUCUCUGCUCAUACAAGUACCAGCUUUAAUUCGAGACCUAGUAGAUGAUCACCAUGGCUCUGCUGGGCAAACUGUGAAAUGCUUGGCUGAAGGGACACCUCUCCCUGAUGUGGAAUGGUUGAUUUGCAAGGAUAUUAAAAGGUGCAGCAAUGAUACUUCAUGGACUCUCCUAACUAACAAUAUCUCUGAUAUUACUAUGGAGACUCAUCUGGAUGAGAGGAACAUGGUAGAGAGCCAGGUGACUUUUCAGAAGGUGCAAGAAACAUUGGCUGUUCGAUGCCUGGCAAGGAAUGACCUUGGAACCGUAGCACGGGAACUGAAGCUUGUGGCUCCAACUUUAAAAUCAGAAUUGACUCUGGCUGCUGCGAUCCUAGUGUUGCUAGUCUUUGUAAUAAUUUCGCUGAUUGUCCUGGUUAUCAUAUGGAAACAGAAGCCAAGAUACGAGAUUAGAUGGAGAGUCAUCGAGUCUAUCAGCCCAGAUGGCCAUGAAUAUAUAUAUGUGGAUCCCAUGCAGUUGCCUUACGAUUCAAGAUGGGAAUUUCCUAGAGAUGGAUUAGUGCUGGGCCGCAUUCUUGGCUCCGGCGCUUUUGGAAAAGUAGUUGAAGGAACUGCAUAUGGAUUAAGUCGGUCACAGCCUGUCAUGAAGGUGGCUGUGAAAAUGCUGAAGCCCACUGCACGAACCAGUGAAAAGCAGGCUCUCAUGUCUGAAUUAAAGAUAAUGACCCAUCUUGGACCCCACUUGAACAUAGUCAACCUGUUAGGAGCAUGUACAAAAUCAGGUCCAAUUUACAUCAUAACAGAAUAUUGCUUUUAUGGAGACUUGGUGAACUAUCUGCAUAAAAACAGGGACAACUUUCUGAACCGAAACCCUGAAAAGACCAAGAAAGAUUUGGACAUCUUUGGGAUGAACUCAGCUGAUGAAAGCACUAGGAGCUAUGUCAUCCUGUCAUUUGAAAACAACGGUGAAUAUAUGGAUAUGAAGCAAGCAGAGACCACACAGUAUGUGCCGAUGCUAGAAAGGAGAGACAGGUCAAAAUAUUCUGACAUCCAAAGAUCUCUGUAUGAUAGACCUGCUUCAUAUAAGAAAAAAUAUCUGUCUGAACAAGAUGUUCUGAAUCUUCUUUCAGAUGAUAAUUCAGAAGGCCUCAGUUUGUUGGAUCUAUUGAGCUUUACCUACCAAGUUGCCCGGGGAAUGGAAUUUUUAGCAUCAAAAAAUUGUGUGCACCGCGAUUUGGCGGCAAGGAAUGUCCUCCUGGCUCAAGGAAAAAUUGUGAAGAUCUGUGACUUUGGUCUGGCUAGAGAUAUCAUGCACGAUUCAAACUAUGUCUCCAAAGGCAGCACCUUCCUUCCUGUGAAGUGGAUGGCACCUGAGAGCAUUUUUGACAACCUAUAUACAACAUUAAGUGAUGUUUGGUCUUAUGGCAUUCUGCUCUGGGAAAUAUUUUCUCUUGGUGGCACCCCGUAUCCUGGCAUGAUGGUUGAUUCUACAUUCUAUAACAAAAUCAAGAGUGGAUAUCGAAUGACAAAACCUGACCAUGCGACCAGUGAAGUGUAUGACAUCAUGGUAAAAUGCUGGAACAGUGAGCCUGAGAAGAGACCCUCUUUUUAUCACUUGAGUGAAAUAGUUGAGAAUCUUUUGCCUGGAGAAUACAAGAAGAGUUAUGAAAGAAUUCACUUGGACUUCCUGAAGAGUGACCAUCCUGCUGUGACACGCAUGCGAGCAGACUGUGACAACACCUACAUUGGUGUUACUUACAAAAAUGAAGACAAACUGAAAGACAGGGAGAGCGGCUUUGAUGAACAAAGACUAAGUGCUGACAGUGGCUACAUCAUUCCUCUGCCGGAUAUUGACCCUGUCUCAGAAGAUGAACUUGGCAAAAGGAACAGGCAUAGCUCCCAGACAUCUGAAGAAAGUGCCAUUGAAACUGGAUCCAGCAGUUCUACUUUUGUCAAGCGAGAGGAUGAAACAAUUGACGACAUCGACAUUAUUGACGACAUUGGCAUGGAUUCCUCAGAAUUGGUUGAGGACAGCUUCCUGUAAUCCUAAAGAAAGGAGUGGACAUCCUUUGAGCUGUGUGAAGUGGGAAACGAAAGCUCAGCGACUCAUGGACUUUUAACUCCUUAAGGAAAACCACUUUAAAAUAAAUGCCAGGUGGCCUCACAAGGGACACAGAGGUCUCGCUGGUUCGUGGAACAAGACCAAGCAUUUGGAAACUGGUUUUGAAGUGUGUCAGUAGCAUCUCAGUAUUGUUUGCAGUUUCAAUAGACAGGUGGAUAAAGGAAAAGGCCACGGACAAUCCCGUUUGUAUUUCAGGGGCAUUCACAAUGGACAUUACUUCCACUAGGGAGAAACACCACCAACGAAACUAUGUAAAUACGCCAUUUUUACCUGGAUAUUUUGUGGAAUAUGCCUUUUUUAAAAGACCACUCACGACGUCUUUGUUUUUUGCUUCCUUCAGUCUCAUUACAAGCUGCUGUUGAACUAUCACAUGAGAUGAAGUACCUGUUAAAAAAGAAACCACUUUUGAAACUCAAAGGGAUUGGUACUAUACAAUAUUUUACCUUUUACAGCUAAUGCAAACAAGGGAAAUAAGAGGAAAUUACAAAACUUAAUACAAUAGCUUAGGAAAUGAAGUGAGAUUCUUCAUAACCAUAGAGGAAUAGCUGUUACCUGUUACUACUGUUCUCAGUAUCACUAAGUAUAGUUUAUAACUACUCCUUGUCAUACAUUAAAAGCACAGUACAUAAAAACUUUACUAACAAACUAAAGUGUUUUAGAUUUAAGGGUUUGCAAAACAGAACUCUUCUAUUUGACUCUUAAUGGUUUUGGUAAAUUAAAAGUAGAUUAGGAAAUAGGAAAAACUAACUGAUUCUAUGGAAUCCAGAUGUGUUUUACUACCCUUUAGUAGAAUGGCUUUCUGAAUACAAUGGAUUGAUAUGCUAGUGAUUCCUCCUUUGAUUCAGCAGAACUCUUCGAAAUCUCAAGUUUAUUUUUAGACUUCCAUUUGCAACCAGGUUUUUCAAGUUAUUGUACAAUAGAUGCGUGUGGCUAAUCAAUCAAUAGCAAGGCUGCUUGAAGCAUUUAAGAAAUACACUGCACAUCUGAAAGUUUGUUUUGGGUUUACAUGUGGCAAAUUGAUUUGAUACACCAAAUAGUCUUUCUGAAAACGCUUCUUUCUGAGCCUGUGAUUUCUAAUUAUGUAGGUGUAGCUAUUUGGUGGGUAUGUGUGCUUUCACAUGCAAAAGUUCUAGUUUUAGCAUUGAGUUUCAACAGAAAUGUAACUGGAUCCUGCGGUCUUUGUCACGUUCCUCUAACUGUUCAAAGGGAAGAGGUCUUUUCAGUGGCUGCAUUGGGCAUUGACUCAGGAGUAAAGCAAUUCUAAAGGCCUCCCCAUGCAUUACACUUUGGAGCAGGGAGGACUAUAUACACAAUUAAAGCAUAGCAUUACCUGCAUCUCUCUCCUGUAUGUGGCAAAAAUAUCUCACUGUAAUAUGGAGAAUGGUCCUUGGCACCAUUUGAACUAUUUUCAAUCUUUUAUCCAUUUUCAAGCAAGAAUUUGUUAGCUGUCUUUGCUUAACCUGCAUUAUGUAUGAUAGUGUAACUUUGACAAAAUUGUUUAUGCUUUCUUGUGCAGUGCUGGUCAUGUUUACUCAGAAAUUCCAUCUGGCUGACUGGGACUUAUUCCCAACUGUUUUAUUCCCAUUGCAUCCAUAGGCUGUAAUUUCAUUCCAAAGUCUUUGAAAAUAAUCAGCAAGAACCAGACUGUGAACAAAGGAAGAGCCUUUUUUUCUCAACCUUUUUUUGACCAAGGACCACUUUGACCACUCUCCAACAUUAAUAGUAGGGUUACGAAUCAGUUUUUGGUCAACUUUAGAUUUGGCUUGGUUAUUUGGGGUGCUGAUUCAGAAAACUGCAUUGGAUAGACCACAUCAGCUCUAGUUUCUGACACAGAACAUAUGCCAUCCAGUAGUCACCAUAUGUUUGCUCAUAGAAAACCGUAUUUAGUAGGCCUCGGCACUAUAAGAGGGUUUUACGAGACCAGUCGCUCUCAUUGCAAUGGUGUAGUAACUAUGAGGUCGCAGACCAUAUUAUAGUUCUUGCGGACCAUUGGUGGUCCACGGAUACAGGUUGGGAACCACUGCUACAAAGUAACUUGGCUCAUUCUCAGAGGCAUGCUUUUCAUAGCACUACACACAAGAUGCAGACAAUUUACUGAAAUCCUGUGACAGAUAUAAUGCCUUGCAUUUACUUAGUCUUGCCAAAAUCUGGCUCUGUGUGGAGGUCUGCUGGAUUUCCUGUGAGAUCUGUGGUUCCUAGUUAUUCCUUUAUAUGAUCAGUUGGCCAGGGUGAGUAACCACUUGGAAGAAUAUGAUGCUUUAGGUAACAAACUCACUCACCAAUUAUUGCAGUUGUGACUCAAUAAUUUACUAAUAUGGUGGUUAAAGGACUAACAUAUCAAUAUAGCAUGUGAUAGAAAGGGCCCCUGAGAGGACUAACAAUAGUUUGGACUGGGCCAAUGUUGACAUAGUGAAUAAUCAAUCACAACUUAGCAUGAACCUAUCAAGUGAUGCUUUGGUGUGAUUCAUGGAAGAGACCUCUGUUUGUUGUGCACAAAUAUCGAGCAUGAUCCUGCUAACCUCAAGUUCUGGAAGUCUAUCUAAUUUUAGGGGAAGAUAUUUAGAGAGGUGUUUAAUCAUCUCCCACUGAAAUCUAUGGGAUUCAAAUGCAUAUUUGUACAUCUGAUUUCUGCACACGGGGUUAUUUAUAGUGGUAGACAGCCAUGUCCAGGUCUUCUGUAUACCGAGCACUGGUAGUAUCCCUACUAAACCGAGUCCCAUUCACUGCAAAUGUGCUACUGCAGUGGCUGGAAAGGACUUACAAAAACCUUCCUCGCAUUUGUAUUUAUCAAGUGGUUUCUCAUGCCUUCCUGCACAUGGUUUAAGUCAGUGGUUCUCAACCUGGGUCCCCAGAUGUUUUUGGCCUACAACUCCCAGAAAUCCUAGCUAGUUUACCAGCUGUUAGGAUUUCUGGGAGUUGUAGGCCAUAAACAUCUGGGGACCCCAGGUUGAGAACCACUGCUUUAGGUUGUCACCUGUUUAAUCGACAUUGAUAUUUUACAGGCCACUAAGGGCCCUUCCACACAGCCCUAUAUACCAGAAUAUCAAGGCAGAAAAUCCCACAAUAUCCGCUUUGAACUGGGUUAUCUGAGUCCACACUCAGAUAAUGUGGGAUAUAGGGCUGUGUGGAAGGGCCCUAAGCUAGCAGUGAUAGUCUUGCAUUGUUCUUCAUGUUACUGUCUUUAUCCUGUGCUUGUGUUAAUCCAAAAUGUGCAUAACUUGCUUUCUAUAUGCAUAGAUCACACUGCCAAUAUUACAAUACCCAUCUCUUCUUUCUGUAAGCUAUCAAAUGAAUAUACAUGUCUUUCGCAUCUGCAUCACAGCAGGGAAAGAAUUGUGUAUCACGAUCUGCUCUCUCAUGCCACUCAGGCCCAACACCUUUUGGAAUGUAACUAUUGUGGAUGGGGACCAAACUAUAGGUGUGGACCAAAAUAACUAUUAGAUUUAUUAUCUCAAGGGAAUUACAUUUCUUGCAAUACUGCAAUGGACUGCACUUUGGAAAACUUUACAAAGCCAAGAAUUGAUGUAGGAGGUACCUCUUGAAUUAAGUCUGCAUCCCACAUCCACUUUCUUUUCAGUGGGGGAAUAGGACCGCACACUUAGUUGUUCAAUACUAAUCUGGAAAACCACAACAAUCCUGGAUUUUAUUACUUUAGUGACUAUUUGAUGUUAAUCUUCCUACUAUUUUCUGUGUUGUGACUCUAUUUUGAGAAGGAAAAAAAACACCACCCAACUCGUCUGUUCCACAUUCAUAUGAUGACAAUCGAAUUUUGCCUGUGAAAUAUGACUUUCCCAUUUUGAAUGGUCAACUUUAAACCUUUAAAUGUGGUCUGCAAAUGUAUAAAACAGUCCUAUGAUAUAAUGAGGGACAUAAGAUGAGGUGAUGUUAUACAUCAAUAUGUAUAUAUGUAUUUUUAUAUCAAUUUUGAGAAGUACUGCCAAACAUUUAUAACAAGCUGUAUCACUGCCUUUGUUAAUUUUUUUUACUGUGAUAUACUCCGCAGGCACGCUGUUGCACUUUUAAAUGUCCAAAAUUUAUAUUGUAGAAUGAGAAAAGCGAGUAAGAGAGGCCAAGGUGACGAUAUUGUGAAAUAUAUGAGAACAAGCUAGAAUGAGUUGCCAUAGGUACAAAAUGUAAUGCAAAUGCCCCAUUCGUAUUUUUGUCUUUUAAAAAAACAUGUAAAUUGAGAUCUUUAUAUUUCAAUAAAUGAUAUAUAAUUUAAAGAUA